GUCUCAUGCAGGAGCAAGCUGCAGGUGUAAUGAAUUUUAGUGCGUGGGUGUGGGUGCCCAGGCGCAGGAAUGCAAACUAUGCUUAGGACGGGCUGAAAGUACCGCUGCAAACGACAGCUCGAUCACCAAUUAUUUAUGUCUUACAUUCAUUUGCCAUUACACAAUCCUCAAAGGUUUAUGCGGGCAGAGGGAAAAGUCAGCGAAGUGGUGACGUUGAAUGAUCUCAGUCUACUCUUUUUGUUCUACUUUGUUUGGGUCAAGCGGCCAAGACCCAAAUUGCGGGGAGAACAUUUUCGGCUAGACCUUUUGCUGCCGGACCGGGGGAGCUCGAGACCACAUGGGUGAAAGCAAACGCUCUAGAAGAGUAACGACAAUGUCGAAAUGCCCAGGUGGCGCAGUAUCGCCCCCGAAAGUGUGCCUAUCUUUAGCCCCUCUUCAGGGUAACAAUCGAUAGAAACCAAUAAUCACUUCAUUCUAACCA